AUGCGGCGCUCGCCCGCGGGGUAUCGCGCGUCGAGCGCGCGCGGCGGCGGCGGCGGCGGCGGCGGCGCGCGAGCGCCGUUCGAGUACGAGUCCUCGUCCGACGACGACGUCGACGUCGCGUUCGAUCGGCGCGCGCGCGAGAUGAUGGCCGACGCGUCCCCCGCGCCGAGACGCGCGGCGUUCAUGGGAAGCCGCGGCGGCGGCGGCGGCGGCGGCGGCGGCGGCGGCGCGCGCUCGACGCGCGGACCGAUGCCAAACGAUCCUCACGCGGACGCGGUCCCGUCGCAAAGCGCGCCGGCGACCGCGCCGUCGUGGCGCGCGGCGCCGUCCCCCGGCGGUGGCGUCGGCGCGACUCACGACGACCCGAAUCUUCGAUCGCUCAGCGCGCGAUACCACGACGCGACGAAAGCGCUCGAGGCGGACCGCGCGACGCUGCGCGACGAGAUCGAGCGCGUGCUGGCCGCGGAGCGCGCGCGCGAGGCGGAGACGGCGGCGAUGCGCGCGAACCUCGAGGCGCGGCUCGCGGCGAACGCCGACGCGUCGAAAUCCGGUUCGAACGACGGCGACGACGAGGUCGCGCGCGCGCUCAGAGACGAGCUCGCGCGCGCGAAGACCGCGCUGAAACUCGCGGAGGUGGACGCUGAGGUGCGGCUCGGCGACGCGCGGGACGAGCUCGAGCGCGUCGAGACGAGCGCGCUGGAGGCGCGCGUCGAGAUGGAACGCGCGCUCGGAGAGAUGCGUGACGCCGCCGCGGCGCGCGACGCCGCCGCGGAAGAGAUGCGCGUCGAGCUCUCCGUGCUGCAGUCGGAGCGGAUGAAACUCCACGCGAUGGCGCGGACGGCGACGGCGCGGCUCGACGCGCUGGUCGCGACGCGCGAGACGGGGGAAGAUGGAACGUCAACCGACGCGGGCGCCGUCGCCGUGCGGGACGCGAGGGCGACGGCGGCGGCUUUCGCGGCGGAGGCGGCGGCCGCGCGCGACCGCGCGGCGACGGCGGAAACGGCUGCGCGCGAGGCGUUACGCGCGCGCGACGACGCGCUGAGAGAACUCGAGAUCGACCGCGCGGCGCGUUCGAGCGACGCGUCGGACCGCCGCGCGGCGUUCGCGCGCGUCGUCGCGGACGAGACGAAGGCGGAGACGGAGUCGGGGACGAUCGCGCGUCUGCGAGAGGCGCUCGCGGAGGUGGAACGCGAACGCGAACGCGACCGAAUCGAACGCGCCGCGGACGCCGACCUCCGCGUCGAGCUCGAGCACAUCAACGCGAGCCUCGUCGAGGAGGCGAUGAAGUGCACGGAGAUCGAGAAGAAGAUGCGGGCGGAGAUCAAACGCGCGCGGCGGGAGCUGAGAGACGCGCGCGCGGCGAGAGACGACGCGUUGCGGCUCGCCGCGGGCGCCGAGACGACGCGGGACGCCGACGCGCUCGCGCGAGAGAAGGAAUCGCUCGUGAAGGAGGUGAACGCGCGCGCUCAGGAGUUGAUAGAAAUUCGCGAGACGCACGAGCGCGCGCGGAGGACGCACGCGAGCGAGACGGACGAGCUCUCGAGACAGCUGUACGUCGUGAUGAAGGACCGCGAGGACGCGCUCGGGACGUUCCGCGAGGAGAAGAACCGCAUGAGCGACGAGAUCAGGGAGGCGCGGAAAGCCGGCGGCGUCGGCGAGGCGAACGCGCGCGCGAGGGUGAGAGCGCUGGAGCGCGAGGUGGAAGCGCUGCGACGGAAGCUGCUGGACGCGACGGGAUACGCGCCCAUACGCGGCGACGUCGCGCGGGCGGCGUCGACGUCGGCGGCGAUUUCGGCGGCGUCGCCGCGGUCGCGCGCGUCGUCGUCUCCGUUCGCGGCGGCGAGGAGCCACGCGUCGGGGUACGUCGGGGGCGGAUUCGGCGGUGCGUUCCCGUCGAUCGAUCGCGCGCUGUCUUCCCGCGGGGGGUCGUCGUUCGGGGAUCACGGCGGCGGCGGAAUAGGCGGCGCGCGAGACUGGCGCGCAAAUCACAGCUGCGCGUCGGCGUCGGCGUCGGACGAGGACGACGAGCUCGACGCGCUGGACGACGAGCCGCGGAUGGACUGGCGCGCGCCGCCGAAGUCUCCCGCGCCGCCUCCUCCUCCGCCCGCGCCGCCGCCGCCGGGGGCGGGGGCGUCGCGUCCGCCGUCGGUCGUCGUCGGCGAAUACGGCGGGAGCGCGCGCGGCUUCGGCGUCGAUCUCGCGAUCGACCUCUCCAAGGUGAAGGGGGUCGUCUCGAACGACGAGAGCGACGGGUUGAUCGCGCGAGGCGGCGGCGGGAUGAACGAGGUCAUGAACGCGCUCGUCGCGGGGCGCGGCGGCGGCGGCGGCGGCGGCGCGCGGCCGUCCUCCGCGCCGUUCACGCACAGAUGA